GGUUUUUCUGCGCCCAAACCAACAAAGGCAACAGACAUUUUGCCGCCGCACCACUCCCGCCUCCACCGCCGACCCCCUCGCCGCCGCCGAGAAUGGAGUCCAGCGCCGAGAAACUUCGCGGCCUCCGCAUCACCUCCCUGGAUGAGGAUGAUGACGAGACCGUGGUUCCGCACCAGCCCCUUCCGGGCCCCGCCGCCGCUGCAGCGGAUUACGAGGACGACGACGAGGAUGAGGAGGAAGAGGCGGAAGUGACCCUUGGUGUCCUUAAGAAGCCGAAGCGCCCCGGCUUCCUCCUUCGCCAUUUGUUCCCCAGCAAGGCAGGCGGCAUCCCGGCGUGGCUGGAUCCCGUGAACUUGCCUUCCGGGAAAUCCAGCUGCUGUGGUUUCUGUGGCGAGCCUCUGCAGUUCGUCCUCCAGAUUUAUGCUCCAAUUGAGGACAAUGCCGCAGCGUUCCACCGAACACUAUUCGUGUUCAUGUGCCCAUGGAUGGCGUGCUUGCUCCGAGAUCAGCAUGAACAGUGGCAGCACAAGCAUGGGAAUCCAUGUAGAAGCGUCAAGGUUUUCCGGUGCCAGUUGCCACGGACUAAUGCCUUCUACUCAACUGAACCUCCAAAGCAUGACGGAUCUGACAAGCCACUAUGUCCAGGAGCUCCUGUAUGUCACUGGUGUGGUACCUGGAAAGGUGAUAAAAUAUGUAGUAGCUGCAAGAAAGCAAGAUACUGUUCUGAGAAACAUCAGGCACUGCAUUGGCGCACUGGUCAUAAAAAUGAUUGCCUCCAGUUAAUCAGUUCUUCUGAUGCUUCAAAAUCUGUUCUGACGGCUAUAGGAAAAGUUCCUGCUAGCACUUCCUGGCCAGAAUUUGAGAUAGAAACUGACUUUGAAGGUACCUUUGAUUCUGAUAGCUGUGAUGAAAAUAACUCGAAGUCCUUGGUAAUGCACAGACAUGGGAAACCAGAUGCUAUGACACAGUCAUGGAUGGAUCAAUUUGAGGCUGAUGCUGACAACAAGUGCUGGGCAUCUUUUCAAGAGCGUGUCUCAAGAGCGCCAAACCAAGUCUUGAGGUAUUGUCGAGAACCAAAUGCUAAACCUCUCUGGGCGUUAUCUUCUGGUUGUCCGUCAAAUGCUGAUGUCCCAUCAUGUAGCUCCUGUAAAGGUCCAUUAUGCUAUGAAUUUCAGAUAAUGCCGCAAUUGCUUUAUUAUCUUGGUGUGGGAAACCAACCAGACUCACUUGACUGGGCAACAAUUGCUGUUUACACAUGUCAAGGGUCAUGUGACCAAAGUGUUAGCUACAAAGAGGAAUUUGCUUGGGUUCAGUUGUACCCUACAACAACCACGAUGCAUUGAUAAUAAUUACCACUUCCUCAGAGUAACUGCUGUCCAAUGCUGCAGCUAGGGAGGUCCAGGGAUCAGCUAUAUGCACUCCAGACUGGUGUUAGGAGCAACUCUUUUUUUGGUACUGGAGAUUUCAAAAUGGGGAGUGCCAUCGAUGGUCGCAGGUCAUUACCACACACACACACACACAAAAUGUUUCCAGAUCAAUUGGUCGUGCAGGUUUAAGCAUCUUCCGAGCAUGGUCCCAGACUCCCAUGCUUGGUGCUCGUUACAUUGGCUUUGGUCCAUUUAUACGGUACUCUAGGGCCCAUAUAGACGUGAUGGCAAAUAGUUGCAUACUUCCAUUUUUGUGGUCACCACCAUGGGCGGUUUAAUGGUGUAAUUGGUGUUCAUUUUGUUAAAUAUCUUUUGGGCGUUUUCCUUCUAUAAAAAAGAUCUCGGUAUGCUCCCUUUUUUUU